AUGGCGUCUUUCAAUUGGAAAAUAUAUCAGCGUUUGCUGUUUUUCACAGUAUUUCUUCCCAUUUCGGGCGUAUUUUGUUUUAGCGAGUUGUUCUUCAUCAAGGAGCCCCGUGAUGUGACCGUAAUGCGGAAGGACCCUGUUAUUCUGGACUGUCAAGCGCAUGGGGAAGCACCCAUCGCCGUCAGGUGGCUAAAAAACGGAGUAAAAAUCUUUGAGAACGAACGCGUCUACCUCCUCUCCAAUGGCUCCCUGUACUUUUCGGAAGUGGAGAACAGGAAAGGAGACAAAUCGGAUGAAGGCUGUUACCAGUGUCUUGCUCAGAACAAAUAUGGAGCCAUCUUGAGUCAGAAAGCUUGUCUAACUGUUGCAAGUAUUUCUCCCUUUGUGAUCCAGCCUACGUCUGCAGUGGUAACUGAGGGAUACGUCGCCAGAUUUGCCUGUAGGAUCACUGCUAGCCCUCCUCCCAUAAUCACCUGGGAGUUCAACAGAGUCACGUUACCUCUGUUCACUGAAAGAAUCGCAGUGCUGCCGAACGGAGUGCUGCAGAUCCACGGGGUGGAGAGAGAAGAUGCCGGAAGCUACCGCUGCGUGGCCACCAACAUCGCCAACCGCCGGCGGAGCACAGAGGCAAUACUUACCGUCAAACCAGCUCCGGGGCCCCGCCCGCUUCAGAGGCCGGUCAUCAUCGCGGGACCUCAGAACAUCAGCGUGUCCCUGCAUCAGAGCGCCAUCCUGGAGUGCGUGGCCACGGGUAACCCCAGGCCGCUGAUCUCCUGGAGCCGGGCGGACCACAGGUCCAUCGACGUGUUCAACACGCGCGUCCUGGGGAACGGGAACCUGGUCAUCUCGGACGUGAAGCUGCAGCACGCGGGGGUGUACGUGUGCAGGGCCACCACGCCGGGCACGCGAAACUUCACCAUCGCCACCGCAAACCUCACCGUCCUCGCGCCCCCCUCCCUGGUGGAGUGGCCUGAGAGCCUGACCCGUCCCCGGGCGGGCACGGCCCGAUUCGUCUGCCAGGCCGAGGGCGUGCCCCUGCCCCACAUCACCUGGCUGAAGAACGGGGAGGAGGUGCACUCCAACGGCCGGAUCAAGAUGUACAGCAGCAAACUGGUGAUCAACCAGAUCAUCCCGGAAGACGACGCCAUCUACCAGUGCCUGGCGGAGAACGAGCAGGGCUCGGUGCUGUCGACGGCUCGGCUGAUCGUGGUGAUGUCCGAGGACCGGCCCAGCGCUCCCAGGAACAUUCGCGCGGAGACUGUGUCCAGCUGCGCCAUCCUGCUGGCCUGGGAACGACCGCUCUACAACUCCGACAAAGUCAUCGCCUACUCUGUCCACUACAUGAAGGCUGAAGGUUUGAACAAUGAAGAAUAUCAAGUUGUUAUUGGUAACGACACUAUGCGCUACAUCAUCGAUGACCUGGAGCCAGCGCAUAAUUACACGUUUUACAUCGUCGCCUACAUGCCCAUGGGUGCCAGCCGCAUGUCAGACCACGUGAUUCAGAACACCUUAGAGGAUGUGCCUGUGCGCGCCCCGGAGCUCAGCCUGACCAGUCGCAGCCCGACCGACAUCCUGGUGUCGUGGCAGCCCCUGGCGGCCAAGCUGAGCCGCGGCCGGGUCUCGGCGUACCGCCUGUCCCACCGCACGGCGGCCGACAGCGACGUGGGGUCCCUGGAGCUGCCCGGGGACCAGGCCCAACACCUCCUGGAGGGCCUGUGGCCCGACACCAUCUACCUCCUGCGCAUCGCCGCGGCCACCAGCGUGGGCUGGGGCGAGCAGUCGGCCUGGUCCUCGCACCGCACGCCCAAAACCUCCAGCACCAAAGUGCCCUUGGCUCCUGAGCUGCGGCUGGAGCCCCUGAACUGCACCACCAUCGUGGUGCGGUGGCAACCGCCGCCGGGCGGCGCCUCCAGCGUCCAGGGCUACCGUCUCUUCUACCACGAGGAGAGCCGGCCGGAGGGGGCGCCCAUCCAGCUGCGUGCCCAGGAUCACCAGCACACCAUCGGGGGCCUGGACCCAAGAAAGAAGUAUCAUGUGAAGCUAUUGGCAUUCAGUUUCAUGGGAGAAGGCUACCAGGCCGACCAGACUGUCAGUACCCCAGGAUGCGUCUCGGUCCGUGAUCGGAUGGUGCCCCCUCCUCCACCGCCCCACCACCUUUACGUGAAGGCCAACAGCUCUUCUAUGGUGUACCUCCAGUGGGGCCGCCCGGCCUUCACCUCCGGGCAGACCGUCAACUACACCGUCCGCUGCAACCCAGUGGGCCUGCAGAACGCCUCCCUGGUGCUCUACAUGCAGACAGCCCAGCAGAGCAUGCUUGUCCAGGGUCUGGAGCCCAACACCAGGUACGAGUUUGCGGUGCGUCUCCGUGUGGACCAGCUGGCCAGCCCCUGGAGCCCCGUGGUGUACCAGAGCACUCUGCCUGAAGCGCCCACCCGGCCGCCGGCAGGGGUGAAGGUCUCCAUGAUCGAGAACGACACGGCGCUGGUGUCCUGGAAGCAGCCGGAGCAGCCCAACAUGGCGGUGACGCGCUACACCAUCCUGUACGCCUCGCGCAAGGCCUGGAUGGCCGGCGAGUGGCAGGUGCUGCAGAGGGAAGGGAGCAUCACUAUUGCCCUCCUGGAGAAGCUACAGCCUGGGAGCGUCUACCUGGUGAAGAUCUCGGCAUCCAACGAGGCCGGGGACGGGCCCUUCUCGAACGCCGUGGAGCUGGCGGUGCUGCCGGAAGGUUCCGCGGCCGGACAGAACCCGCGCCGAUCCAGGGGCUCCACAGAAGCCAAAGCGUUUUCCGAUGGCUUCUACCACCUGGACGAGACGUCGAUGGCGGGCGUCAUCGUGGGAGUGAGCAUCGCUUUGGUCUGCAUUGUCAUCUGUGUCCUGAUCCUCGUCUACAGGAGCAAAGCCAGGAAAUCCACAGCCCCUAAGAUGAGAGAUGGGAGUGGGGACGUCCCGCCUCUGGCCAAUGGGAGCCAGGCAGAGGAUGUUGAAGCUGUGAUGCCGAUGAUGGCAGAAGGCCACUUCGUCGAUACCAAGGGAGGAACAGACCUGAUAAUAAAUAGCAAUGGCCCAGUCAGCUCCACCAGCCAGAGGAAGAAGAAAUGGCUGUUCUUCAGUAACAAAGAGACAUCGAACCUUGGGAAAGGCCAGGUGAGGAAGAGGAGCCCCAGCCCCUGUUCCUACGAGCCGGGGCAGACGGUGCUGAGGUACGAGGACGAGUCGCCAUCUUCGCAGGUCCUGUUCGGGAGCGGAGGGAACGGCGAGGGCUCGAGCGAGGGCAGCCACGAGACGGCCGACUCCGGGCGGUAUUCGCAUGACGAGACCGAGAUGACCAACCUGUCCUCUGGUCGAAACUCGCGCCCCCCGUCCCUCCGGGCGGAGGAGGACUGCGGGGGCUCGGAAGAAUGGCCCGUCCCUGAAGCCGACAAACCGUACCUCGCCGUCGAGAUCGGAGACAUUGCGGAGACGGCCUGUUGUCACCGGCAACUGGCUUCCGACCCUUCUCAGGCAGAGCUUCCUCUCUAG